AUGGUCACGCGUGUCACUUGGGAACAGUUAAACAAAGCCGGUAACAAUUUAUUGUCUCCGUCUUCGGUCAGUAACGGUCGUGUGUUCACCUCGGGGUGUUUGGGAACCGACGCUGAAGGAAAAAUGCCUGAAAGCGUGGCAGAACAGACGAAGAACGCCAUCGAAAGCUUAGGCGAGGUUUUGAAGGCCAGUGGCUCGUCCUUCGACGACGUGGUGAAGGUGUUACUUUUCGUGGGAGACGCUUCUUACGUCUCAGAGGUCAACCAAAUCUACAGCAAAUACUUCACCUUGAGACCAGCACGUUCCUGUGUUGUGGUUGGCUUCCCAAAUCCCCAUGUCAAGGUUGAGAUUGAGUGUGUGGCAGAGGUUUCAAGUCUGGCUGCAAAACUCUAA